AGAGAGAGAGAGAGAGAGAGAGAGAGAGAGAGAGAGAGAGAGAGAGAGAGAGAGAGGGAGAGAGAGCAAACAGGCGGGCAGGGUGUGAGGAGAGGAGGCAGAGAGAGAGAGAGAGUAACACAGGAGGGACGAACAAGUGAUAGUGAGCAAUAGAUACAUAGAGAGAGCGCGUGAGCGAGAGAGGGAGAGAGUGAGAGAGAGACAGCAGAGGGGAGGACGAGGAAGAAGAGGAAGAAGUGAGACAGUGGUGGUAAAGACGUUCAGCAUUCCCUAAACUGGAUAUUCUUACACGCCUGCCGCGGCUGCUGCCGGAGCCAAUGAGCACACCCUCUGCUGCUCACUACGCACCGCCACACACUGAGGUAAGAGGCCCUUCACAUCGCUGAGGAUCGAGCGGCGCUCCGAACCGGGAUGCGGCGCGGCGGCCCUCCCCUCUCUCCGCGCCCCUCCUUCUCCCGUGAGGCCCAUGUGACCUAGCCGUCACCCCUACACACACGGGGGCCCCCCACCAUCGCUGGAGCCCAUCCAUGAAUCCCAGCCCCGACCGCGGCAAAGAGUGCCUCCCUCCCAAGAAGAGGGAGUCCCGGCAAGGAUCGGCGGAGCAGCACGCCCCCCCCGCCGACGACUUCAAGCCGCCCGUUCCCGUGCGGAGCCGUCCCGGCGGGGCCCGAGGGGAGGGGGGCAGGGACCCCAACGACGGCGGCGGCCGGCUGCUGAUCAAACAGAACCGCCACGUCCUGACCUCCCCCCCGCCCUUACCCAUCCCCGCGCCCAGCGUCCCCCUGCCCCUGCCAUGGCACGUCCCGUACCCGUCCCCCUUACCCCUGUUCCCGGGGCACGUGGGGGAGAGGAGGGGGUCCGGCUCGCCCUCCUGGCGGGACGACCCUCUCUCCUCCCCGCUGUCCAACCAUUCCAGGUGGCUCCGGGGCGACGGCGCGCUGUCGCUGCAGGCGCCCCAGACCUCGGCCGCCUCCUCGCCGUCCUUUAAGACCCCCUACCCAAGCGACACCCGGGAGAUGUGGUCCUACUUCAACAGCGGCCAGCGGGACUACAGCUCGCCCCUGUUCUCCCCCCCCCAGCUGUUCAGCCACCCUCCACUGUUCCCGCCUGACGCCGGCCUGGCCGACGCCCGGGACCGGUACCUGGUGAAGCGGCCCAACGGGCUGGACGGGCCGGGCAGCAGGACCGCCUCUACCUCCAGGCUGCCCCCCCUCUCAGGGGACUAUGUGAAUGACAGGACCAGGAUAAACCUCAGUCCCCACGGGCCUCACGCCAACGGCGGCAGGAGGCAGCAGGAGGAGCUGUCGGGCCGCGCCCCCUCCGGGGGAGUGUUCUUCCCUAACUCCCUGCCUCAGGAGAGCCCCGAGAUACAUUCCUCGCUGCAGGACUCCAACCUGAUGCUGAAGACCAGCCCCGGGCUGUUCUCCGCCAGUCCCAACCACCUCGGGCCCGACCCGAGGGCGGAGAGGGGAGGCCUGCUGGAGGCCCUGGGCGUCCCCCCGGCGGAGGCCCAGAUCUACUACUCUCUGGGCUCUGUGCAGCAGAGCGGCCUCCAGCCUCAGGCCCAGGCCUUUCCCUUCUACACCCCCUCAGAGACACCGCUGUACACCCCGCUCAAGGAGCCCGGCCUCAGGCAACACAGCAUGGGCAGCUCCCCUCUCUUCUCCCACCGCCUGCCCAGCAAUCACGACAGGUCACAGAAAGAGCAGGAGCCCGACCACGGGAGAGACAGAGAGCGAGAGUCCCUGUCCGCCCUCAGACAGAGGGAGCACAACGCAGCCGAGAGCGAGAGGCUCAGGGAGAACGAGGCCGAGCGGGCGAGGGGCCACGACAAAGAACGAGAACGAGAGGGGAAAGACGCGGAGCGGGACGGAGAGCACGAGAGGCGGCGGACUCGGGACAGGAUCCGAGAGCGGGACAGAAACAGAGCGAGGGAGGGUCAUCAGGCCUCGACCCCUGCCACUCAGCCACCCCCCCCUGCCUUCCUACCUCACUUCACUAAGGGUUCCCUUAUUGAGCUGGCCAGCGGGCGGCUGAAGCGCGUGGAGGAGCUUCGCACGGAGGACUUCCUGAGGAGCGCCGACACCUCCCCAGAGUUUCACCUCAGCACCUGCACCGUGCUACUCAUCGCCCCUGGCAACGCACAUGGCUUCAAUCACCUACAGGUUAACCUCAACGACCGCAACACUCAGGAGUUACUGAAAGUCUUGGAGGAGUAUCCCUUCUUUGUGCGCGACCGGGGUUGGUCGUCGUGCUGUCCGCCGCGCACCGCGCAGCUCUACGGCCUGCCCUGCCGGCAGCUGGCCGAGGGGGACGUGUGCCUCGCCCUGACCCCCACGCCCGCCCCGCCCGCCCACCGGACACACGCCACCUCACGCUCCAGCUCCAGGGCCCACCGCAGCCACCCCUCUUCCAGCGCCGGAGGAGAGUCCAGCAGCAGCAGCAGCAGCAGUGCAGCAACAGCCACGCAAGAGGCGCUGGUCGGCCCCAGACGCCAUGAAACUGACGGGAAGGGAUGA